AUGGUGAACCCAAACAAGAAGACUAAGUUAGGCAACCGUCUUGGUUAUCGCCUAAUUCCAGGAUCGGCGACAAGUUCUAUUUUGUCAAACGAUGAUUAUCCCCAAAUCCGUGGGGCCUUCACCAACUACAAUGUGUGGGUGACUCCAUAUAAUAAGUUUGAAAAAUGGGUUGGAGUGUUAUACGUUGAUCAGAGUCGAGGAGAUGAUACCUUAGCUAUAUGGACCCUCAGGGAAUCAUUGAUGCAUUGCCUUUGUUAUUGUGAUAUUGCGGGCCAGGUGUGGACUUUAAGUCCAUUGAGGAAUCUGGUACAAUGGGCCCAUAAUCAGGACUUUAAGGAGUGGUUUUGGCAGGUCAUGUUCCAUGGGAAUGAGUCUACUCUGGAUUUGUUUGUUGCUCUGUGUUGGGGUCUUUGGAUGCGGCACAACCAAGCAAUCUUUUGUGAUACCCAUGCUUCGGCUGAGGCAACGGUGGCCAUGGUUUGCAAUUUGGUUAGUGAUUUUGAUCAAGCACAACAACGAAUUCAGGGUCCAUUGCUGAGAGAGAGAGUUGUUUGUUGGUGUGCUCCGGCGGAGGGUUGGUUCAAGGUUAAUUUUGAUGGGGCACGGUUCAAAGAAUUGCAAACAGUUGGGGUUGGUGUUGUUAUUCGAAACUCGAUGGGUGAAGUGAUGGCGGCAAUGACAGAGCAAUUACCGUUCUGGGUGGAUGCCGACUGCGUUGAAGCAUUUGCCGCAGCUAAAGCAAUUGAUCUAGCAACUGAUUUGGGAUUUUCAGAUAUUAUUCUAGAGGGGGAUUCUUUAAAUAUUGUCAAAGCUUUGCAGGAGGGUGUCGAGCUUUUAUCAGAAUAUGGUCAUCUUGUGUCACAAGUGGUGGCUGCUAGUAAAUUGCUUCGGCACUUUCAAGUUUGCCAUGUGGGGCGAAUGGGCAAUAUGUUGGCGCAUGGUCUAGCUCCGAUGGCGAGAGGUUUGGACCACCAGCUCGUGUGGAUGGAGGAGGUCCCGCAGGCCUUGUUUGAAGUUGUAGCUGUUGAUGCUGCUUUUUAG